AUGUGCGUGAUUAUUGAUGUUAAAAUUGAUGAUUUCCCUAUAUGGAGAUGCUAAUGUGUGAUUUCUAUCGUAAGCUGCUCUUAAAAAUUGAGAGGAGACAAGGAAAUAUAAAUUCAUUAUAUGCGUACCAGUAUAUUAAUUAGGAUAUACUUCAAGUGUUAUAAUUUCUCAAUAUAAGCAGGGACCAAAUUAUAGUGACAUUUAGAAUAGAAUUAUACAUGAUUUAUAAUCCAUUGGUAGAGAGAAAACAUACAUAAUGAGAAAAACGUUUUACUUCUUGGUCACUUUUACAGUUGUUAGUGCAGAUAUAUAUCUACAUAAUGUCAGGGGGUCAAAUAAUAGGCUGAAUGAAAAUACACGUGCCAGAAAAAAUGCAAACAGACUGUUUGAUUCACAGAACAAUAAUAGAGGGGGAUAUAAUGUUGGUCCCAAGCCCAUGUAUUACUAUGCUGGUUCCAAGCUUCAGAUAGAAUGGACAAACCAGCAUUCAUGUCACAACAAGAACAAUCAUUGUGAACUCAUCUUACAAUACAUGUGUGAUAAAAACCUCAGAGAUGGUACAACAACUACCACCAUACCACUGGACAAAACCAAUUGUGCAGAUGAGAACUGUAACACAGAUGAGCAGUUUGGAAUGCAUGAAAAUUAUGAUUAUUAUGGCCAGUGUAGGUUACGACAGCGAAACAAAGGACUAUUUACAGCAGAUCAGAAUAUGAUAAAUAGAGAAACAGCUGUUUCAACAAGACAAGAGAACAAUGGGAAAAAUAAUCGCUAUGGUUACGAAUGUACUGAGGAAAGAGAUUAUUACCCUUAUUGGCAUCCGUCUCCAUGGAAGGACAUUGCUGUAUUAACCAGUGAUAUUGAGCGGUGCAAGUAUUAUACAACUGAGAGUGCUAAUGUCAAAUCACGCUGGCAUUGUUAUUUCUCAACAGUCAAACUAGAAGAGAUGGAUGGUAAUGUCAAAAGUAUUCCAAAUAAUAAAGAGGACUGUGAGAAAUUCAUAUUUCCAGAAGGUGAUGCAAAUGGCAUAAAAGGGGUUUGGAGAGAGUAUCCAGCUCAUGGAUUACCUGCCCCUGUUUGUCGAGAAACCCAGUUCUCACGUGAUAAUCACCUAGGAAAUGGCCUGGAUGGUAAUCCAAAUAGAUAUAACUGGACAUUACCAGACAUAAAUCAAGGGAAUUGUGUUUUGAGGAUGAGGUAUAAUAUAUCAACCAAUGAUUAUGAUGGCUGGAAUACCAAUGCCUCAAUGAAUUCUCCAAAGCUCAAUACACCUACAAAGCUUGAUUUAUCACAGAAAUACGGCUUUAGUAAUUAUACCAUUGCUGAAAAAAGAGGCUAUGUUUUCAAAGGAGAUCCAGAGGUGAAGAUUUUUGAAGAGGGUACAUUUAACUUCAGACUUGCUUUUGAUACAUCACAGUUUGGUAGAACAUUUCAAGACAGGUCACAUGUGUUUUCAAUAAAGAAAAGACCUGAUAACUUAAAGGGAGCCACAAUUCAUAAUAUAAAUGUACGAGGCAAGCGUGGAAAUAUUGUACAGGUUUACCCAGCAGUAGAGUAUGACUUUGUACCAAAUACUCUUGAAAUGAGCCCCAAUGAAUAUGUUCAUUUUCAGUGGACUGGUUCUGAUACAAAUCCUUUAAAUAAUGACGGGCAAGGUAAGAAAGGCUCAGACAGAAAUAACGUUCUUCUAUUACGUGACAAGAGUUAUCCAGAGGGAAAUGGUGUACAGUAUGGCCCUGCACCAACAUACGGUCAAUUUGGAAACAACUACCCUAUGAGACUGAAUGAAUCACAGUUUCUUGGACUCAGUGAAAAGGAUCUCAUAAAACUGGCCUUCCUUGAACCAGGAAACGAAAAUCUUGACCCAGACUUGAAUGAAGCAUCACCAUACUUUGACCUUGGACCAAAAAAGGUGACUCAAUUAGGAACAUAUCAUUAUGUCAGCACAAGAAAUAAUGAUUUUACAAACAGGGAUCAGAAGGGAAGAAUUAUGGUAACCAGUAUGGCAUUCACAGAAUCGACUCUUGGGUAUUUUGGUGGGAAUGUAGUUCUGCCAAAUAAUGCGGGCACUGUACAUGUAGAACAAGGAGUUUUUGGAAGUCUUCAUAUGAUGAGACUUGAAGUCUGGCCCCGAAGUCAAGGUCAUGACAAGGUUAGGGUGGCUGGAAAAGUUUUAAAGGCUGGCGAGGAUUAUGUCAGUGAUUUUUUGGUGCUCUAUCCACAGUCCAGUAUGGUCAGUGCUGGUAAACAUAUGGACAUUAGUUUAAAGAUAGAUUCUGAUUCUAGUCGUGUUGCUGUCUACCGUACUUCUUCCGACAGCAACUUUGGCACUUGGACAAAAAUUGACACAGAAGUGGAUGGUGAUGUAGCAAAAUUUAAGGCGACAUCUGGCGGUGUUUAUGUUGCAAAGUCACAUAGUAAUUCCAUUUUGAUUGUUGCUCUGGCAAUAUCAGCUGUGGUUAUACUAGCCCUUGUUGUGGGUGGUGUUUGGUACUUUAGGAAAAAUCCAGCCAAGUGGAGUAAAUUAAAAAAUGAAACAAAAAAUGUGAAGAGGAACUUUAAUGAUACUGUGUGAUUUGUGUGAUGAUGUAAUGAUGUAAUCUGUUAACAUUUAAGAUCCCCCUAAUGAAUUAUCUCUGCAUUGAACGGUAUUCAAAUAGGCUAGAAUUAAUGUCAACUGCAUUGAAACUAGGGGGGGGGGGGGGGGCCUGGGUUCAAACCUCAGAUUGAGUGUCAACUGAUUUUUUCUCUCUUUUUUCAUUUUAACAUUAUUUCUGUGUCUCUUAUAACCAUUUAGGACAGAAAAAAAGUGUUUUUAAUUUUAAUUAUAUAAUUGAUGUGGGUUAGUAUUUGCUUAAUAAUGCUAAAUUGAAUAAAAAAAAUAUGGUACCUAAUAUUUCAGUCUAAUUAAAUAAAAAAUACACGGUAAAAGUAUUUGAUAUUGUACAAGAUCAACCAAUAUACUUUUGAAAGUUUGAAAGCAGCCCCUCAAUUUGGUAAUUUUAUGGAUUUUUUAAAUAAGUAGGAAAAUGAUCAUACAAGUGUUAAAAUUGGAUGGAGUAGGGUAACUUUUUUGUGCAUACAUGUAUUUAUAAAUUUUGACUUGAAACAAUCAUUUUGCUUUUGUGGAUUGUAACCUGAAUGUUAUUUGUUUCAUAUGGGAAAAUAUUUUUCAUAAGUAAGAUAUCGUAGAUUGUUUAGAGUUUCUUCUUUUCUGAAAAAGAGCCCUUCUAAUAACCAAGAUUAAGUUCAUAAUAAUGUCCAUAACUGGUAAACUUUACGGUAAACUUUGUUUAAAAUUGCAUACAGGUGCACUUUAAAGCCUAUAAGUGACCUAUGUUGUUAAUACAUUUCAUAAUUAUGCCCAUUAGUGGGAUCUUACCUUAAAAUUUAUAAGAGUUUUAGUUAGUUAAUAACCUUUCACUGUUUUGCAUUGUUUUUACCAUCAAACUGAUUUCAAAGUGCUGCAACUUCUCAAUGGAUUGAGAUAGAAUAAAAGGCUUUUCAGCGUUGGUUACACAUUACCUUAAGAUCAACCUGAGGCCAUUUUUAGCCAGUCACAAGUCCAAAAUUUUCUAGGCGGGGGGGGGGGGGGGGGCUAUUGCCCCCUUCAAACCCCCAAAAUGAAGGGGGCAUAUCCUACCUCUGGCACCCCCUUGAUGUACCUUUAUGAUGGGGGCGGUUCCAAAAAAGUGAUCUUUUUUUAACAACAUUUCUCAAACGUUAAACAGUGUUUUGGGCCUAAAUAAGGCAUUUUUUCACUAUUUGAGGCCUUAAAAAAAGAGGGGGGGGGGGAUGAAAAGCCGUCAAAACAUGUAUAUAUGAGGUAAAAGGUUGAGCUAAAUAAUUCUUAAUGGCCUCUCUAGUCACUGUCAGCUUUUAAACUUUUUUAGCUCACCUGUCACAAAGUGACAUGGUAAGUUUUUGUGAUCGCUUUUCAUCCGGUGUCCGUCUGUCCAUUCACUUUUACUGUAAACAACAUCUCCUCAUAAACCACUAAGCCAAUUUCAUCCCAACUUCACAGGAAUGUUCCUUUGGUAGUCAACUUUAAAUAUUGUUCCCAAGCAGAACUCUGGUUUCCAUGGCAACCAAAAGAAAAAAACUUACAAUAUCUUCUUUUAGAAAACUGAAAGAGCUAGAGCUUAAAUAUUUGCCCGGUGGUCAUUGAUUUUCCUUACUUGUAUAUAGUAAAAACUUAAAAAAUCAAAAUAGCUUGAGCUUAGAUAUUAAGCAUAAAACAUCCUCUAGUUGGUGUCUACCAGGUUUGUUCAAAUAAAAGCCCUGGGGUAAAAAUUGGCCCGGCCCCGCCCCAGGGGGUCAUUGUUUUUCCCUUUAUGUAUAUAGUAAAACCUUAAAAAAUCUUCUUUUAAAAACCCCAAAGAGCUAGAGCUAAGAUAUUUAGCAUGGAACAUCUUCAAAUGGGUGUCUACCAAGUUUGUUCAGAUAAGGGCCCUUGGGUUAAAAUUGGCUUUGCCUUGGGGGUCAUUGAUUUUCCUUAUAUUUGUAUAGUAAAUUCUUAAAAAAUCUUCUUAUAAAAAACCCAAAGAACUAGAGUUUAGAUACUAAACAUGAAAUAUGUUCUAGUGAGUGUCUACCAAGUUUGUUGCAAUAAAAGCCCUGGUGUCAAAAUUGGCCCCUCCGAUGUAUAUCGUAAAAACUUAAAAAAUCUUCAAAGAGCUAAAGCUUAGAUAUUUAUCAUGAAACAUCUUCUAAUGGGUGUCUACCAAGUUUGUUCAAAUAAAAGCCCCUGGUUUAAAAUUGGCCUUGACCCAGGGGUCUGUAUACAGGUGAGCAAUUUCAGGGCCAUCAUGUCCCUCUUGUUUAUUCUUUUGCAUAUUUUAAAGAAUUCAUCUAAACAUAAUAAAAUGUAGAUGUAGUAUGCCAAUUUUUACAUUUUUAUGCUAUUGUUUUUUGUACUAAUCUUUUAAUAUUUGAUCAGAAUGUUGUUGCUUUAAAUUGAUGCUUGUAAUUACUGAUUUGUCAGGAAAGCUGGUGUUGUUAAAUUUGAAAUGGAUUUCUAAAUAUACAUAACAUUUUCCUGUUUUAGUUAUUAAAUGUGGCUUGAUUGAACCCAGGCAAUAUUCCCAAUUCUUCAGAUAUAUUUAUUUUUGUCAAAACAUAACAUUUAUAAUUCAGUUAGUUAUUAUGUAAUUUAUGCCAGAUUCUUGUCAUUUAUAUUGUUUGUUUGCAUUAGAUGACAUCUCUCUAUUUUAAAACAAUUUGUUUUGUAAAUAAAAAACUUAACCAUCUUGAAUAUUCCUGCUGCAGAGUUUAAAAUGUUGGACUUUUGUGAAAGUUAAAACAGCAAUCUAUUUGGGUUGGUAGACUUCAUUUAUAUGAUAUUAGUAAUAUAUGUAUGAUUAUAUAAAUUGAUGUUCAAACAUUGUAAAUAAUAUAUUAAUAUUGUUGAAGAUAACUUUUGAUAACUCAUUUGGCACAGAAUAUAUUAUGAAAUACAUGUAUAGAUGUACCAUUUUCUUAGUUCUAUAAUUAGUAUAAUAUAUUGUUGUUGUUGUUGUAAGUUCCUUUGAUCGGGUUAAGCUCAUCUUAUCUAUGACGUCAUUAUAAUUACAUAUAUAUUCUAUGAUGUCAUUAUAGUUACAUAUGUAUUCUAUGAUGUCAGUAUAGUUACAUAUGUAUUCUAUGAUAUCAUUAUAGUUACAUAUGUAUUCUAUUAUAUCAUUAUAGUUACAUAUAUAUUCUUUGAUGACAUUAUAGUUACAUAUGUAUUCUAUGAUGUCAUUAUAGUUACAUAUGUAUUCUAUGAUGUCAUUAUAGUUACAUAUGUAUUCUAUGAUGUCAGUAUAGUUACAUAUGUAUUCUAUGAUAUCAUCAUAAUUACAUAUGUAUUCUAUGAUGUCAUUAUAGUUACAUAUAUAUUCUAUGAUGACAUUAUAGAUCUAGUUACAUAAUGUAUUCUAUGAUAUCAUUAUAGAUCUAGUUACAUAUGUAUUCUAUGAUAUCAUUAUAGAUCUAGUUACAUAAUUAUGUAUUCUAUGAUAUCAUUUUAGUUACAUAUAUAUUCAAUGAUGACAUUAAAGUUACAUAUGUUUUCUAUGAUGUCCUUAUAGUUAAAUAUGUAUUCUAUGAUGUCAUUAUAGUUACAUAUGUAUUCUAUGAUGUCAGUAUAGUUACAUAUGUGUUCUAUGAUGUCAUUAUAGUUACAUAUGUAUUCUAUGAUGUCAUUAUAGUUACAUAUAUAUUCUAUGAUGACAUUAUAGAUCUAGUUACAUAAUAUUAUGUAUUCUAUGAUAUCAUUAUAGAUCUAGUUACAUAUGUAUUCUAUGAUAUCAUUAUAGAUCUAAUUACAUAAUUAUGUAUUCUAUGAUAUCAUUUUAGUUACAUAUAUAUUCUAUGAUGACAUUAAAGUUACAUAUGUUUUCUAUGAUGUCCUUAUAGUUAAAUAUGUAUUCUAUGAUGUCAUUAUAGUUACAUAUAUAUUCUAUGAUGACAUUAUAGUUACAUAUGUAUUCUAUAAUUACAUUAUAGUUGCAUAUGUAUUCUAUGAUAUCCUUAUAGUUACAUAUGUAUUCUAUGAUGUCAUUAUAGUUACAUAUUUUUCUAUGAUGUCAUUUUAGUUACAUACAUAUUCUAUGAUGUCAUUAUAGUUACAUAUGUAUUCUAUGAUGUCAUUUUAGUUACAUACAUAUUCAAGAUGACAUUAUAGUUACAUAUGUAUUGUAUGAUAUCAUUAUAGAUCUAGUUACAUAUGCAUUCUAUGAUAUCAUUUUAGAUCUAGUUACAUAUGUAUUCUAUGAUAUCAUUAUAGUUACAUAUAUAUUCUAUGAUGACAUUAUAGUUACAUAUGUAUUCUAUGAUGUCCUUAUAGUUACAUAUGUAUUCUAUGAUGUCAUUAUAGUUACAUAUAUAUUCUACGAUGACAUUAUAGUUACAUAUGUAUUCUAUGAUAUCAUUACAAUCUCAUAUGUAUUCUAUGAUAUCAUUAUAGUUACAUAUGUAUUCUAUGAUAUCAUUACAGUCUCAUAUGUAUUCUAUGAUGCCAUCAUAGUUACAUAUGUAUGGGAUCAUUUGGGAAAAAAAAAGAAAAAUAUAAAACCUCAAUGAAAUUGAAAAGAAAUUGCUUUGAUCUUUCAUUUUAUAUUGUUAGGAUUUCAAGUUAUUUUAAAUGUUACAUAAAUCUGAUCUAAUCUGGUGUUUGGACACAAACAAAUGUUAUGUGAACAUAAUGUAACAUGUAACAUGAAGGUUAUGACUAGCCAAGAUGUCUUCCAUUAUUUUAAAGUCAUUUGAUAAAGACAGCAUCAGCCAUGUUUUAUAUUCAUUGUAUUAAAUAUUAUCAUUAUUAGAACUGCUGGCCAGUUUAUCUCACCAUUUAUAAUUAUUGAAUGAUAUUAAUAAAAGAAACAGACUUCAAA